GUCGAUGGGCGGUCAUUCAGGCGGCGACUUAACGGAAGGUGGCGGCGCGGCGGUGACCGGUGACCGGGACUGGGCGGCUGAUGGACCCGACCCGACCCGCGCCUCCGGGCACCCGCUGAAGGCCUGACACGGCGGUUGAGGCGGCUCCGAGGUCGGGAACGGCGGCAGAAUGGCCGGGCUGAUCAAGAAACAGAUCCUCAAACACCUGUCCAGAUUUACAAAGAAUCUCUCGCCAGACAAAAUUAAUCUCAGUACACUUAAAGGAGAAGGCCAACUGACAAAUCUGGAGCUUGAUGAGGAAGUGCUGCAAAAUGUGCUGGAUCUUCCCACAUGGCUGGCUAUCACCAGAGUAUACUGUAACAAGGCAGCUAUCAGGAUACAAUGGACUAAGCUCAAGACCCAUCCCAUAUGUCUGUUCCUUGAUAAAGUGGAGGUGGAGAUGAGGACUUGCGAGGAACCUCGUCCUCCAAAUGGACCUUCUCCAAUUGCCAUUACAGCAGGUCAAAGUGAAUAUGGCUUUGCUGAAAAGGUUGUGGAGGGAAUGUCUAUCGUAGUGAAUUCCAUUGUUGUUAAAAUUGAAGCAAAAGCAUUCAAUACUUCGUUUGAGCUGUGGCAGCUGCAAGGUUACAGUGUAAAUCCCAAGUGGCAGCAGAGUGAUCUACGAUUUACGAGGAUUACAGAUCCAGAGCGAGGGGAGGUUUUGACUUUUAAAGAAAUAAACUGGCAAACACUUCGUAUUGAAGCUGAUGCCAUUCCAGGUGAUCAGAGCGUUAUCAGCACACCACUCAGACUCAUCACCAAUCAAUCAAAAAUCAGACUUGUUCUCAAGAGAAGGAUGAAGGAUUGUAAUGUUGUGGGCUCGAAGCUCAUGUUCCUGUUGGAUGAUUUGCUCUGGGUUCUGACUGACUCGCAAUUGAAAGCAAUGAUUGAAUAUGCACAGUCCCUCAGCGAGGCCAUGGAGAAUUCUGCCCAGCAGCGGAAACAAAUGGCUCCGGACACGGCUGCGACUAGUGGCUUAGCACCUAGUGCUCAUCAACAACGAUCGCAGCCAGCACAUACAAGUAACAGCUCAAACAGCAUUAGCCAAUACUUUGAAAUGUAUGAUGUGAAAGAAUCAUCUUAUCACAGUCAUAUUUCACGCCUGGAUUUGCAUAUUUGUGAUGAUGGUUUAUCAACGGAAGAAGGAACAUCCAAACAUCGAAUAGCUGGAGGGGCUAUACAGUUAACAUUUAAAAAUUUAAGUCUGGAUUACUACCCUUUCCAUUGGGCAAAUGAUAAUUGUAAACACUGGGUUAGACACUCGGAAGCCAUGGAAUCCAGAGCACAAUGGGCCAAAGAUCUGCUGCAAGAGUUUCAGUCCAAAGUACAAACUAUAAUAGAUCACCAUGAAGACACAACAGUUGUAAAAUCUCCAACAAAGGAAACUUCAAGUAAAUGGAAAGUAGGAUCACCAACUUGGAAGGCAGGUGCUGCUGGCAAAAGAAGAGCAAGUGAUCAAUCGACAGGAGCUACAUCUCCUGAUUCUCCGAAGAUACCGUGGAGCAGGCUGCUCUCCAGCUGUGUGGUCGUCCGAGUUGAUGAUUUGGAUGUUUACCAGGUCUCGGCAGCAGGUCAGCAUGGUAAGAAACCCACAACCUUGCUUUCCUGCAACAGAGUGUCCUACCACCUACCACCUGGCAUGUCAGCAAUUCACAUUGAAUUUACCGAAUAUUAUUUCCCUGACAGUAAAGAAUUUCCUGUGCCUUGUCCUAAUCUUUAUGUGAAGCUGAAUGCCUUGCAAUUUACAUUGGACCCAGUGAGUAUGCUGUGGGUAAACUCCUUCUCCUUGGACCUGUAUCAGACCCUUCAGCAGUUCAAAGCCAUCUAUAAAUUGAACAAUUCUGUGAAAGUAGAGGAACAUGUUGACUUCUGUAUGAAUGGACUCAUGUUGAAGCUAGUAAUUCCAAUGGACCAGAAGACAAUGGCUCAUCCAGACAAGCCACAAUACCUUACCAUUCAGACAUCAGAUGUUGUGGUGACCAACACGCGACACUCCCCAAAUUGCAGGCACUCUGAUCUCCAAAUGAUACUAAAAGCCUUUAAAAACUUUGAAUUCUUUCAUGCUUCUUAUAAUGAGUUCCCUAAAUCUGCGGAUAGUUUUGAUGUGCUACAAAGCGUAUUUUUCCAUCAUGCUUAUGAACAACGAAUCAAUUUGGACAGAAUUUGCACACAGAAGAACUGUUCUCAUAAUGCAUUGAAAGCUUUGUCUGCUGCAGACAUUUGGUCUCUUCAUUGUUCGCAAAUCUGGCUGGACUUUGAAGGUACAGAAAGCUUGAAAGGCAAACCUUUUAGCUUUAUAGAUUCAUUUCCUCUUUCCAUAUGGGUGUCUCAGCCAUCCAAGGCACAAUCAAGUUACUCAACGUCUACACACGCUACUGAUUUAGAAGAUUCCAAAUGUACUGUGUGUCAUAAGUUGAGUUUGUUCACCUGCCCAGAGCUUUUUGGAAAUGGGUUGCAGGCGAAUGCAAAGCAGGAUUUCAUGGAGACUCAAACACUCCGAUCUUCCGAACGAGUUGAUGCACAUCCGAAUACUCAACAGGCAAGAGUGAAAGAAUCCAACAGGAGGGCUGACUCUGAGGCAGAUGUACAUGUUCUUGUGUACAGCACUGCCCAUGUAAAAAUACGCAUGAACCACUACCAUUAUCUUGUAUUACUGCGGCUAAAGGAAUUCUUUUCUCAACUACAAGAUGACUUGACUCAGGAUAGGGAAAGAUUGAUGAAAAGUAUUGUUAAAUCUGGCAGUACUUGUAUCGGGUUGUUAAUUAAUGGUGCUGAAGUUGCUUUGCUGCUACAUCCUGUUCCAACCACGUGUUGUGAAGCACAAUCCCAAAACUCUGAAAGCACAAGUCUUGCUGAGUCAGAGCUCUCACCUUCUGGAAGUAGAGAGCGAUUAGCUAUGGAGGACAAGCCUUUGGACAGAACAAUAAGUGAUCAUCUGGACAGUACCAUCAGUUCUAUGGAUGACAGUGGAAUUCACAAUGGGGAUUUGAGUAUGGUUACCCUUUUGGAUUAUGGAGUUUCAACACAAGAUGGGACAGUUGUGUGCAGUGCUCCUUUUACUAAUACUGACAUAGUGCCAAAUCAAUCAUCUGAAAAAGGAGCUGUGGAAGAAGCAUCUGAAGCAGUAGAGUCACUGGCGGCGGAGAUACCUGAAGAUGCCAAUGAUCACUAUAUUCUAAACUUGGAAAAAAGUGAGUCUUUGAACUUGGAGCCACAAAGCAGAAGAGCAUCAGACAACAUUGCACAGGUGGAUCUUGCUCCUUUUGGUGAUGUUAAUGUGGAUUCAACUCCAUUGAGUGUUUCAAAGGAUGUUGCAAAAGAAGCUCUGCUUAUGACUGUGGAUUUAACUAAAGAAGCUGUUUCUCUCACAAAAGAUGCUUUCAGUCUCAGCAAGGAGAAGAUGGCUAACACUAUGCAAAAGAUGCUUUCUCUGUCAACCUCUAGAGAGCAGAUCUCCAAAGGUGAAGACAAUCUAUCCUCUUCCUUGUCCAGCACUAAGCUGCGUAUCUUAAGCAUGAAACGCACAUCGUCGCAGCAUUCCUUGGACACUACAUCACUUGAUGGCAGCCUGCCAGAAGAUCGGAUAUCGGUCGACAGUGAUAGCAGUGAGAAAUACGUUAUUCUCCUUGAAGCAGAAUCAGGGCAAGAAUCACUUCUUCCAAACAGAAACACAGAUCUGUUGGCGGCAAUGGGCAGCAAUCAGAGUCUUCCGGAAAGUGUGGAUGGGGAGCGUGGAGGAGAAGGAUUUCACAAACACUCUACAAUCACCAACUCCUUGACACCAAGUGAGGAUGAUUCCAAUGGAGAACAGGCUUCGGUGCUGUUACUGAAAAUACUUGAAGUGAAUUGUGGAAUCGGCAUAAGAGGUGAAGAUGUAGCCGUCUGUGUCCAGGCAAAGGAAGUGAUUCCUGAUCAGUUGGGUAACUUGGACGUGCACAAAUUUCUGAGUAGCCAUGCGACCGGCUUUCGAAAGGUUAGUCCAAUGGAGUCAGACAGAAGUCGGCCUGCUGUCGGCUUGAGAUUUGAAUCUGGGCCAAGCUCAGCCAUUCACUCUCCACUUGCUGUUAAGAAUGGAUUUUUGCAUUUCCACAUCAAUAAUUACAGUGCGGAGCUGCCAAUUUCUUCAUUCACAAACCUGGGCCCUUUCCUGGAGGAUGAGAUAAUUCCAGAAAUAAUUCCAAUGAAGAUUGAACUUUUUGACUGUAAAAUUACUCUUCAGGAUGAUGGCCCAAGACUGUAUCCUACAUCUCCAGGGCCUCUACCCAUAAUUCUUCAUGUUGAUCAUCUGAUGGUACAGCGGAUUGAUGAUGGGACAUUUUGCAUAAUGGCCUUGCAGACAAGCCAAAAUGAAGCCGUUGUGGAGGACACUCAUUUGGUCGUGAGUGGAUCACAUCAGGUCAAAUUUGGAAUGAUGAAAAGUACAGGAAUGCAGCCACAGUCAGUGGAUCAAAGUCCAUCAGAUCUAAGUCUUGCAAAGGACAUGAAUGAGCUCCUUAGGCAGGAACUUGCCUACACAAAGGAGGCCUUGAAGAAAGCAAACCAUGAUAGAGAGAAAUUGCUGCAAGAAAUAAAGAAGCUCAAUCCUGAAUUUAAUCUUUGAUUAUCACAGCUCGGAAUAUUGUUGUCAAUACUGACAACCAACACAACAUCCAGUUAAAGCUAAUUUUACUCGGUGAUUGGUUCUGGAACGAGAUCAGCAUUAUAAGCCUGUCACUCAGAGCGCCACCAACAUCAUGUGGUCUUUGAAUAUGCACAGAAGAACCUUUCAAGCAAUGCUGCUUUGUUUUCAUUCACGUCAAGAAGAUAAUACCUUGCUAUUUUGCAAGCGGCAAGAUUUAAGGAGUGAUUUUUUUUUUUAGAGAAAACAAUUAUAAAUGCAAAUGCUUAAGUUGGUUUAAAAAAACUGGAGUUUGUAUUGUGAAAGCAUUAUCAUAGAAUUACAUUUGUGAAUUUGGGUUCAGAAUGUCAAGGGUGUUAAAUGUGUACUAUGUUUACAAUGAACAAGUGGCAAGAUUGUUUAACAACGUGUUGCUAAUAGAGUGGAUUAGCAUCAACUGCAAGCAAAUUGAGUGUUUCUUGAUGAUACUGUGCAUCAGAAUAUAUGUAUUGUACCUCAAGUUUUGCAGGUAAAAGUACGAGUGUAAAAUUUCUAGGCAAGCUAUUUAGUGAGUGGCUAUUGGAGAUCUUGAAGUAGUUUGCAGUGCACUUGGAUCUGUUGUUUCAGCAGAAUAGUAAUUGGCCAACAUACAUAAAUGGAAAUAAAACACCAACCAUUACAAACACCCAUGACACAAAUUAAAUGUUGCUAUAAGUAUCCCGCGGUCUUCCCUGUUCUGAGCUCUAAUCCUGGCAAACACCUUGGUUACUGAGAGUUCCCUGUGAAGUACUUCCUUCCAGAGCUGUAGGUGACUUCCCCAGCAAUCUGUUUUUGAUAGCAAGUCUUUACUGCUUUUGGCCAGGAUUUCAUCAUAUCUAACAUUUAGUAUAUGAUGAUGAUGAUAAUAAUAAGAAACCUCACUAAGGAUGGGAAAGAAGCAGAAAUUUGCUACAUGAACCUCUCUGCACAGCAGUAUUCAAUGCAGGUUACAGAGUUCCAGAGCAGACAAUAGCUCUCAUUGUGCUCUUUCUCUUUCUGCUCUCCCUUGUGAAGGAGUUUGUUCAGAUGAAAAUGUGUAUUUUUAUUUUAAGAGCUGAGAUUUCAGACUUGAGAAGCAACAUGUUCUGUUAAUAUAGAUGAGGAUUUAGAAUUGGUUGGAAAGCACAAUAGUAGUUAAAAUAUAGGAUAAACCAUACAGCAACUCGUUGAGUGCAGACUUAACACAAUUGCAUGAGUAUACUGUGUAAUAAAUGAGAAUAUCAGGAUCACACUUCAGCAGACAACUGAACCAUAAAGGUAUACUGACUGUAGUGAGUGCAAAGUAAACUGGACUUGUGAAACACAUCCAGGUGCUGUACUCGUUUCAAAACGGGUUAAAAUGUAUUGGGUGUUGCCAAUAGAAAUGUUCCCAUUUUUUAUACACAUGACUCCAUUUUAACAGUGACUUACAGCUUGAUUUCUGGCAUGCUAGAUAUUGCCCAUUUAUGUCCCUACUUGCACCACUAUAAUUAGCUGUUGACUUGUUAGAUUCUUGGCUGUAUCAUGUUUUCGUAUUUCCAGUGGAUUGACGCUUCUGUAGCCACUGCCAAUCCGUGCGUUUGAAUAUUCAGUUAUGUGGAAGUUGGUCAUAAUACGAUAAUAUACACUAAAUGAUGGUGCAUUUCAUCAAACGUAAGUAUUGAAAAUGGUGUUCCAUUUUCGGCUAAAGCACCAGGAAAAUGACUGAUCAUUUUGACCAUUGUUCAAAGAUCUAUAAAAUCAAAAAUUAGGCAGCGACAUUAUUCUGACAAUGUAUUUUCUAAAUAAUUACAAGUUUGUAUUUGGUGGUGAACUUGCCAUCCACCCAAUAUAAAUUUGAAGUUAAAAGGAAGGGUUUUUGAUCAGCUUCAUACUUGUCAGUGCAAAAUGUUCUUGCUCUUUAUCAAUAGACUGCUGAAAUAUAGUUUAUAUGAAUGUUGUUGGGAUCAGGCUCACUGCGAACUUUGUAGAGAGAUGUGCAUUCUCAGUUGCUAUCUUACUUGCCCACUUGGUAGAUCCUGAAGGGAGUGGAGUAUCUGGGCAGGUUCUACAAGAAUGAAGUUAAUACAUAAACUGUUUCUGCACAGAAGAACAAACACCAAUUCCCAUAUUUUACUGUUGUGAAAAUAGCACCCACACUUUUAAUUUCUGAAGGUAGUCCUUAGUAAACUUAAGAUGGAUCUUCCCACAGGCCUGACCAUAUUGUGCUUAGUAGAUGUUGCUUAAAUAUACACUGCUUGACAUUUUCCACGUCACUACCAGCUAAUGGAAGUUAACACCUGAUGUUUUUUUAACUGUUCAGUCUCAGUGCACUGACCACUGAUGGGAUAUUUUGAAUGGGAUGUAUUGAUUGUAUGAGAUUGGAAUAAUAGCUGAGAUGGGAGAAAUCCAACGGUCAGCAAUUUAUGAACUUAAACAGAUUACUUUCUAUCAUAAAUAUUCAGUGCUGAGUUGCCCUUGAAGUGUGUACAAUGAAAAUGUUUUGUAAAUGUAAGAAUUGCAAGCUUCAUUGAUGUGAAUUCAGCCAUUUUUUCACCUAAAUUACUGAUCUGAAUUUCUUAAUUGCCUUUUCUUAUCUGAAUAUUCAGCUGAAAAGCCACAAUUCACUUAUGCACCUUGUUGGUGGUGAAUGAAAAUGCAAAUAGCAAUUGUCAACCAUAGGCAGCAGAGUGAAUCUGUGAGGAGGAUGUUGGAAGCCCUUGUAACUUAGUUUUCCUCGUUCUUACCUUUGUGGAAGUUUUCGAAUAAAAACACUGAAAAUGCAGAUACUGUUGAGUUAAAUAAUCAGGGUCAGCACUGAUUGAUGAGGAACAGCAAACUUCAGGAAUUUUAGGUGCGGUAUUGUGUGUCUCAAUGACUUAUUGCAGUAUUGCUUACACUAACAAAGUAGUGGAAUUCAAUAACUGGGUAUUUCCCAGGUUUGUACUAGUAAAAUUGAAAUGGUUUUGUAUUUGAUGACUGAAUAACUUUUCAUAGUAUUGAAUUGUUUAUAUAGUGCCAAAUGGCUUACCUGGUAGUCAAGGGAGUGGUGUACAUAUGAAUUGAAUGUCUUUUUUUUAAACCUUGGAGGAUAGAUAAAAGGAUAAUCUUGUUGACUUUAGUCAUGUAUGUAUUUAAACAUCCAAAUCUUGAAGUGGAAUACAACUGUUGUCACUUUAAUGUUUAAGAGACGAAUUACAGAAAUCUCUUAUCUGACUAAUUUUGUUAAAUAGGUUAACCAAUUGCCUGCUUUAUCCACUUCAAUAUUGCUUUAAUAACUCUAUAAACGAGCAACAAUGCUCUAAAAUGCUGACUGCCAACUUAAUUUGAUGUCUGUUUCCAUUUUGUCAACAUAAUAUUUAAAGAAAAAAAUGACAGAAGUUACUAUGUUUGGAAGUAAAGGUUAAAAUACUUAUGUUAAACUGAUUAUGUGUAAAGUGCCUAAUUUUGCACCUUAUACUUGAGAAAAAUAUUUCAAGAACUGAAAGCUUGGUGUAAAGCAAGAUUCUUUGGUCAACACCAAUGCAAUCCUCGUUGAAAUAUCACUGUUCAUAUUUUACUUCAAUAAUUAUUACUAGUUAUUUGCACCUGGUGUAACAGAAUGUCUCCAGAUUCAUUCAGCCUCUACACCGUCUGUGGAGUAUUAAGUAGAAUCAAAACAUCCAUGAGUCUUUUAAAUAUAAUUGUUAUUGUCUUCCUGAACGCUUUGCCCAAUUCCCCAUCUUUGAUCAUUAGACCAUUUAUUGACAGCAAGACUGACUCUUUAUUUAUUUCCGAUGUGCAGCUAAGCUUUUCCAAUAAACAUACUGGCUGAAUCAAAAUCCACCACCAUGCAUUAAUGUUCUAAUACAAUGCACUAUUUUAAAUUCUUAAAAGGUACAUGACUAGAUUGGUGAAUGCCUGUUAAUUUCUACAAUUAUCAUCACUGGGUCUGAACCUGUCCCUGUUUUAACUAAACACUUUUGGUAGGCACAUACAUAUACUAAAAUCUACCAUUGUCUUUUGUAAUAAAAUGUUGAAUUACGCUGUUUACAAAAGCACAAUCUUUUCAGGAAAUCUAUUGUAAUUUCCUUGUCUCCUGCACUACACGUCACUCUUGCUCUGGUUAAUUAUUUUUGAAGUGCAUAUAUUGUAAUACUUUUUCAUACUUGAGUGCAGUGAACUUGAACUGCGGGAUUUAGGUUAACACUUUCAGAAUAUUCUCGAGUGCUCACAAACCACGCAGAGUAUCCCUCUGGAUAUACUGGUGUUAAAGUUUAACAUAUCAUCUGAUAUAAUCUUCACAUAGAUUUUAAAUUGUAUAAUGGGGACCAACUUUCAAAUUUCCAAUCAAAAUUAAUUUUGAACAAGUAUCUUAUAAAUUGGGUGGUUUUUAAUAAAUCUAUAGUUUAUAAGAAAUAAGCCGCGAUAAAAAGACAAAUGAAAAAUACCAACUUUAACCAGAAGAAAGGAAAUUCUGUUUCGUUCAAAACCUGAAUUACCCAAAUAGUUUCUACUUUUGAACAGAGCUUGGCAGCUUUAAGGGUUAACAUCUUUUUUUUGCAACUACAGAUCUCGCUUGUAUAUUCAUUCUUGCAGCUUUCCCAUCUUGGCUUUAUACCUUUUUUAAACAGUUAUGGAAAGGAUGUUCAGCUGUUGAAAUUGUAUUCAAACCACCAUUUAGUCAUGGUCAAGCCAGCUUCUCUCUAAUUACUGAAAACUGAAUUUAAUUCUUAAUCCAACUACAAAAAUAAGAAAGUGAUUAAAGUAAUCCAUUCCAGUUUAUACUGGUGCAAUUGUUAAAUUAUUGUCGACGUUUGGUGUCACAACCGCAGAAACAGUUGUAUAACAGAACCUACUAAACUGGUUAUAUUUAAGUAAAAAUACUCUGCAGUUAUUUUAGUACUGUAUAGUUAAUGCAUGAGCAGAAUAACAUAAACUGCAAGUUACGUAGUUUACAAUGUGUGUUUAAAGCAUUAGUGUUGACAUUCUGGUGUGUGUUAUUUUCAGUUCCAGUUGUGCUUAGCACCACUCCUGUACAUGUUGACAACUGGUUCUGUGAACCAGUUAUGUUAAAUAUUUUUGAAAUAAAUUUGUCAUCU